GUAUAAGGGACCAGCAUCUACCCAGAGCUGAAGAUUAGCUGGUGCUGCUUUGCAUGGUGUAGGCUUUGGAGGAGGAGGAGGAGGAGGAGCCACUGCCGAAGCCUAUAUUUACUCUUGGGAGACCCAUGGGCAAAAUCCGUUUAAAUGCUUUUUAAGAGACCUCGGAUCCCCAGCAGCAACUGCGCCUCGGGGUGUUGCAGAAGCUCAGAGUUCACCGGAGAACCCCCCUGGCAUUACACCUAGCCACCUGGGAAGGAGGAAGGCUUCGGGACGUGUGUUGCAUACUUAAAAACUAUCCCCCCUAUUGACGGAGGCUUUCAAAGAAAGAUCCUCCUUUGGUGGUAACAAUGACCAGGUACCUGGAUGAAUCGGAUGUCAUGAUGGUGGAGGAGGGCUUCACCACUAGGGAUCUCCUGGAGAGCCUCCUCCUCAAGGUUGCCCAGACGGGUAGCCGAGAAGCCUUUUUUGUGGCAAAUCUCGAGGAUGUGGUGAAGAAGCACGUGCGUCUCCUCAAGGCCCUGCCACGGGUCAAGCCCGUCUACCCCUUGAAGUGCAACAGCAGCAGGGGCGUGGUGCAGAUGCUGGCAGGGCUGGGGGCCGGAUUCAGCUGCGCCAACAAGACAGAGAUGGCCCUGGUGAAGAGUGCUGGAGUUCCACCGGAGAGGGUCAUCUGUGCCGGCGCCUGCAAGCAGGUCUCCCUGAUCCGAUAUGCGGCCAGCCAAGGGGUGCAGCUGAUGACUUUUGACAAUGAAGUGGAGCUUGGGAAAGUAGCGCGGAGGUACCCGUCCGCCAGAAUGAUUCUGCAGCUGGCCACUGAUGACUCCAGAUGUGCCAAUCAUCUGAGUGUGAAAUUUGGUGCCACCCUUAAAACCUGCCGACAUCUCCUCGAGAUUGCCAAGCAGAUGAACAUCGAGGUGGUGGGCAUCAGCUUUCACAUUGGAAGCAGCUGCAUUGACCCUCAGAUCUUCGCCCAAUCCAUAGCAGACGCUCGCCUGGUCGUGGAAAUGGGUGCAGAGCUAGGCUACAAGAUACAUCUCCUGGACAUUGGAGGAGGACUUCCCAGUGCUGAAGAGUCUAGGAGGCACUUUGAAGAGACAGCAGCUGUGAUCAACUCUGCCUUGGACCUCUACUUCCCUGAAGGCUGUGGGGUUGAGAUCCUUGCCGAGCUGGGGCGCUACUAUGUGCAUUCGGCCUUUACCUUGGUGGUUAACAUCAUUGCCAAGAAGGAAGUUCCUCUGGAUCAGCUGGGCUCAGACGAGGAAGACGCUGAGGGCAAGAAGAGCUUUGUCUACCAUAUUAACGAUGGCGUCUACGGCUCUCUUGGCUCGGUCAUCUUCAGCAACAUCUGCCCCAUCCCCAUCCUGCCUAAGAAACCCCCACCAGAUCUCCCUUUGCACAACAGCAGCUUCUGGGGACCAACUGGGGAUGGGUUGGACCGAAUUGCAGAUGGCCUGGAACUGCCUGAGCUGCAGGUCGGGGACUGGCUGAUCUUUGAGAACAUGGGGGCCCACACUGUGCUGGCUCCCUCCUCUUUCCAGGGAUCUCCGUCAACGCCAAUUUACUACGCUAUGUCCAGAGUGGCCUGGGAAGCCGUCCAGCUCCUCCAGGGGAAAUCACUGUAUCCGGAAGAAGAGGAGCGGGAGAGCACGUGUGCCCCCCUCUCCUGUGGCUGGGAGAUCACGGACACUCUGUGUGUUGCCCCCGUCUUCACUCCAGCAAGCAUCAUGUAAGCUGUGCCAGCCCUUCAUCACAAGGGGGGGGUGGACCCCUCCCAGCAGAGCCCUGCCUUGUCCUCUUCUGCCUCACCUCUUCCUCUUUUUUGUCAAUGGCCGGCCUGCCUCUUGCAUAUUCUGCCCUGAAGUCUGGUUUCUCCUCCUCCUUCUUCUUCUUCCUUUCCAAGCAGUGUGGUUUUUAAGUAUGCAACAUAAAUCCUGUUCCUCCUA